GGGGCAUUUUGCUCUAGGGCCCGGCGAUCAUGUGCCUUCCGGUCUCCGGGUCUCCCAGGCACCGAAUUUUAUGUCCGCCACUGCAGUCCUUGGGUUAAUUGCUUCCAGAGUACGGUCUGUUAAUCUUAUCCUCAAGCUUAAACUCUCCUGCACAUCAAUGGAGUUUCUCAGGCACGUUGAGAGGGGGUGUGCCCCAGAUGUGCGGUUUCAAAUUAGAUUGGGAUGUAUCGAUUUGGCCACUAAUAGUCGGCAGUUCACUGGUUCCGUCAAACAUGUUCGACCUUAUGGGGACUAAUCACAGACCACCUCACUUCCUUCACAUGCUUGGUCUGCCUCUCGCUUAGACACAUACAUUCAUCAGCCUCAGUACAGACAUAACCGAACAACUUGGAUAGAAAGCAGUAUUCCGUGCUCUGAUAGUCUAUUGCGGGGAUGGUGAAUUAUUUCGUCUCAAUUCUGAGCUUUGACGGGCGCAAGCUUCAAUGGUAAAUUGAAACAGUAAAUUCAGGGUCUUCAGGGCACUUGCCACAACCUUCUGAAACCCGAUCGAUCCAGAUUUCCGAUGUAUGUAAUGUGCAUGGUUUUAGAUCUCUGCUACAAGGAUAUUUAGAUUCAAGGUAAAACUGGUCUGACGCAUUCCAUU